AUGAGUGUCCAAAUUGCGUGGAUGCGCUGGUGUUGCAUCUUUGUUUCACUCCUUGGCAUUUCAAAUGGUCUCUCAGCCGAAAGCCGUCCAAGUCCACCCUUAUGUCGCUGCAUGCCACAAGAUCCAUGUUGGCCAAGUGACAGCAAAUGGGACCAGUUCAACAAGUCUAUUGACGGUAGAUUGAUUUCAGCAACCCCUAUUGCCAGCCCUUGCCAUAUCAAUCCGUUCGCUCCAUAUAAUGAAACACAAUGCGCUCAGCUCCGCUCCGAUUGGGGGUUCCCAGAAACACAUUACAAAACCUCAUCAUCGAUCAUGGCAUCAACCUUCACAUACAACAGCUGCAACCCAUUUUCACCAAAGGAUGCACCAUGCACAAGUGGAAACUACAUCCAAUACGCAGUCAACGCGACUGACGCCAGAGAUGUUGAGCGCUCCAUUCAAUUUGCUACGCGCCAUAAUAUCAGACUCGUGAUUCGAAAUACGGGCCAUGACCUUCUCGGAAAGUCAACUGGCGCUGGUGCACUUGGUGUAUGGAUGCACCAUAUGAAGAAUAUCUCCAUUCUGGAUUAUGAAUCAGCAUACUAUACAGGCAAGGCGAUGAAAAUGGGGGCCGGUGUCCAGUCGUUCGAGGCCAGCGCCGCUGCUUCAAAGGUCGGCCUAGUUGUCGUCAAUGGCAACUGCCCAACCGUCGGCCUUACAGGCGGUUAUUCACAAGGUGGCGGACACGGGCAGCUGGUUUCCCAAUUCGGACUUGCGGCCGAUCAAGUCCUCGGGUGGGAGGUUCUUCUCGCGGAUGGGAGACUUGUGGUUGCUUCUCCAACUCAACAUCCUGACCUCUACUGGGCGCUUUCUGGUGGAGGUGGAGGUACAUAUGGCAUUGUCAUCUCAAUGACAAGUAAAGCCUAUCCUGAGUUACAGACUGUGUCCGGGAACCUCACAUUCUCAGAUACUGGUGUCUCUAGAACAACAUUUUUCAAGGCCGUCGAAAUGUUCACAUCGAUCUUGCCUUCGAUAGGAGAUGCAGGCGGGGCAAGUGUUUGGUGGCUAACCAACAAUACAAUGUCCACCACACCCACUACGAUUCCUGGUGCGAGGGUAUCACUGUUUAAUUCCUUGUUUGAUCCUUUGCUGGGAUUCAUGAAAGAAAACAACAUGCAGUAUACAUAUCACGUCGAAGACUUCCCAACAUUCUACAACGCCUAUGAGAAGAUGAAUCCAAAGGAAAAUAUAACCGACGAACUCCUCGGUGGCAGGCUCAUUCCUCGAAAUACGCUCGAGCAAAACCUCACAGCACUCGUCUCCUCAUUCCGCACAAUUGUUGAGAAGGACGUCGGUUUCCUGAUCUCAGGUAUAACAGUGAAUGCGUCGCGCGUGGCAUAUCCAGAUAAUGGAGUUAAUCCUGCGUGGAGGAAUGCGAUCAUUAAUUUUUUGAUAGGGCAGUCUUUUGAUUACAUUGACUGGGAAGCAAAUGCUGUGGGACAGCAGACUAUUACUGAUGUUCUACUUCCCUCACUAGAGAUUCUUACGCCUGAUAGUGGUGCCUAUUUGAAUGAGGCUGAUCCCAAUCAGAUUGACUGGCAAGAUAUCUUUUAUGGGGAUAAGUAUGCCAGAUUGUUGGAAAUCAAAAGGAAAUAUGAUCCAAGCUCUAUUUUCUACGCGCUCAAGGCUGUUGGGAGUGAGGAGUGGGAAGUUAGUGAAGAUAUGCGUCUGUGCCGAUCUCGCCGU